GGAAAGUAGGAUUGUGUCAAAUUUAGCUGAGCUACGAGAGACAUCAUAUCCUAUUGAUAUAGUCGUGAUACUCUAAAUCGAAAAGGGUUAAACUCACUCUUCGACACUCCUGCCAACUAAGGAAACCUAGAAAACAAUGCCACUGAUGGGGGAGAGCCUACCAUGAGGUUUGAGCUGAGAACAUCAAAUGAGGCACUGCGUUCAUCAUUGACAACUAGCUGUCAUGGAAACCAAGGCAAAUGGCUCAAUGGACACAAAAAGUUCGGUGGAGAAUGGGCAGCUUCCAGAUCCUGCUCACUGGGCUGUAGCAGAUGUAGUCAAUUAUUUUAAAGCUACUGGAUUUGAAGAGCAAGCCAAUGCCUUCCAGGAUCAGGAAAUCGAUGGCAAAUCUCUUUUGCUAAUGACUCGUAAUGACGUUCUGACUGGACUUUCGAUAAAACUGGGCCCUGCACUGAAGAUCUACGAAUACCAUGUGAAGCCACUUCAGACCCAGCACUUGAAAAGCAAUGCUUCAUAGCACUUGGGACGGGCCAGCCCCUUGGAAGACAAUCAUGCCAUGGAACAGCAGGGUAACUGCAGACUGGAAAAGACCACGUUCUCACAUGCAUUUUAUGCAUCCUUGUGGGCAAAGAAACAAGAAACUAAUGUGAAUUUGUCUUUCGCAGUCUGAAAUAGCUGAACAGGUACAUGUUUGUCACAAUGAUUUUAUGUUUACCGAAUUUGAAUGGUGUUAUAAUUGAAAUUUCUUUUAAAAAAUAUUGACUCCUUUUGUGAACUUGUACAUAUGUCAGAAUUCAUUAUUCAAUAUUGUUUGCAAUUUUUAAAGAUUUUAAUUGUAAUAAUGAUUGUGUGAAUGUGUCUGGCAGUAAGAUUAUAAACACUAUUGUUUAAGAUGUAGCUAGGUAAGGCGUACUUUUUCAGAGAAUUUAACUGGGAGCUACAUUAUUGGGCUGUACAUAUAAGGAAAAAUAGAGGAAGGGGGUUUUAAUUUAUUUGUUUUGUUAGUGCUUGAUUCUUUUUCUCCUUAAAGAUACUUAAGUCAUGAAUAGUUCCAGUUAGGUUACAGCGCAUAUGAUUGUGUAUGGCUCCGAAAACUAACCACCCUACAGUUGUGUGUUGUUUUAUUAAAGUCUUAUUUAAACAUCUUAUACUAAGGAGUCUCAUAAAACAGUAUAACAGAGACUGGUAACUAAAUAAAUUCAGGUUCCUUUUUGCAUUUGUUUGGAAGAUGAUGAGCUUGAUUGAUUCAAAUCCAGUCACUAAAUGGUUUUAUGUCUGUUUCACCAUAAGGUUCAUAAAGUGAUGAUUAAUUUUGAAGAUAUGGUUCCUGAAUUUGUUUGCUGACUUGGUGAAAUACCUGUCUUGAUGUUGAACUGAAAAUACCAGUUAUGUGUCAGUUCAUGACCAGUGGUGCUUAUGCAGCUGAGGGGACAUUGUGUUCACUUAGACAGUCUUUUGCACAGUGUCCAUUCAAAAUCUGUCUUGCAAUAGAGGACUGAGUUGUAUGUGAGAAAUUUGCAAUAAAUUGCUUGAAUCAAAAAAGGCACUGAUUCAACUGUAAAUCUUAGUCAACUAUUCAUAAAAGUGAUUAUAACAGCUCACAAGCCUAAUAUUUAAUCAUGACAAAGACUUUUUAAGAUAUGUGAGAGAAUGACCAAAUGAUGCCUUUUAUGUAACUGCUGUAGAGCUCCCUUGCACCUAAUAUGCGGUGCCCUAAAACAUUAGACAUUUAACUUUCAUUUUACCUAUGCUGUAAAUCAGUUGUGUAGGUAUCUGCAUGAAUGCCUACAUAUUGCCUCAUGCCGCAUUAUAUAAAAAAUGAAAGUAAAAUUUCCAUUUCGAUCACUAUAUGUUAAAUUCCAUUUCAUUUUUAUAUGUACAUUUUAGAAGUACCUAAUUUUGGGUCCCUAACUAACAUACCUUUAAAGUGGCAAGCUAUCCAAAGAAAAUAUUGGUUCUGUUUCUUUUAACACCAAGGCAUCUAAAUCUGUUUUGUAAAACAUAUAAUUCAUACCCAGUCCUCACAACACUGUCUAGUGAUGUAAAUAUACUUACUCUAAUUUUGUUUAUUAUUGCAACUAUUUAUUAUAUGGGAAAAAUAUUUGUCGCAGUCACUGCAUUCAACUACAACUUGAUAAAGGUUUGAGAGUGUCAUUUUAAAUAUUUAUUUAUUUUUAUUGACUUAUUUUGGGGAAAACGGUGGUGUGUAUACUGUAUGGGGUAAAUAAGUCUUUGUUCCUUUUUUUUAAUUUUUAUUUUUUAUUAAACUUGUGUGAAUGCCA